GCUUGACAUAAGCCAUUGCACAAGUUUGGUUGAGCUUCCGAACAUGGAGAGUCUUUCAUCCUUAGUAGAGCUUGACAUAAGCAAUUGCAUAAGUUUGGUUGUGCUUCCAAACAUGGACAGUCUAUCAUCCUUAAUAAAGCUUGACAUAAGCAAUUGCAUAAGUUUGGCUAAGCUUCCAAAUAUGGAGAGUCUUUCAUCCUUAGUAGAGCUUGACAUAAGCAAUUGCAUAAGUUUAGUUGUGCAUCCAAACAUGGAGGGUCUUUCAUCCUUAGUAAAGCUUGACAUAAGCAAUUGCAAAAGUUUGGUUGUGCUUCCAAACAUGGAGAGUCUUUCAUCCUUAGUAAAGCUUGACAUAAGCCAUUGCACAAGUUUGGUUGAGCUUCCGAACAUGGAGAGUCUUUCAUCCUUAGUAGAGCUUGACAUAAGCAAUUGCAAUGCCUUGAGUAUACCUGACAACUAUUUGCAUGAAGAUCUUCCAAUUGCUCCUAGGAGUUUGUCCUCCUCGUUGAAAGAAAUAGAUUUAAUGGGAAGAUAUUACCUUCAAAGUUUGCCAUUAAGCCUUUGCCAUCAUUCCAAUUUGAAGAUUCUCUGCUUGGAUGAUCUGCAGAAUCUUAGAUCACUUCCACACCUUCCUCCUAAUUUGGAGAUACUCUCUGCAAAGAAUUGUAUCUCAUUAGAAAAAAUCGAAAAUCUAUCAAACUUGAAAAGACUCUAUCGGCUAGAUAUUCAGAACUGUAAAAGUUUGGUUGAGCUUUCAGACUUGCAGAGUCUAGAAUACUUAAAUUGUCUUGGGAUAGCAAAUUGCAUUGGUUUGAGGAUUCCUUCAAUUGAAAAGUGGUUCAAGGCACGUUCUAAAGGUGACCGUGUCGAAAUUUGGUUUCAUGUGGGCAUGGGGUCUGUAGUCUGCUGUUUUCCUAUACCUUUGGGGAAUGAAAAGUUUGAAAUCCUGCACAGUGUGAUUGAUCCCUGUAGUGAAAUUGAUGAUUGCAAUGGAAUUCGUUUUAGUGCAAGAAUCAAAAGCAGUGGUGCUUGGACUAUAAAGGAACACAAAUACAUUAACAUCGAACCCAAAUUCAGUUUGAUUAUUUUUGAGGUUCCCACAGUGAUGGGAGAAGUAUUGGAGGUGUGUGCAGAACUCCAGGCUCAUGUGAACAUCAUAUUUUGUCUAUUUGAAAUACAUAGAAAUAGAGAAGGCGAAGUGCGUUUCUUUCCAUCCACAAGGGGAUCCAUUCCUGCCUGAUUUUAUAAAGGAUGCAUGUUAGAGUAGCAGCAGAUCAGAGUUACGUUGUACGUGUUUAGCGGCAACCAUCUUCAGCUUUUGCUGCAAAUGAAAACAAAAAAGGAUUGAAUUGAAGAAUCAACAAUUAAG